AUGACAACGACGAAGACGAUGAUGUCUCGUUUCAUGUAUCGACUGAAGCAGAUCUGCAGAGUCAUGUGGAUGACAGAAGAGAGAGUGAACCGGAGGACCGUCCGCUAAUAGAGAAUGAAGGUGACGAUAUUUAUGAAAUCGCAGAAGCGGAUUUUCGUGAAUAUGAUAACGAUAGUGUGGGCAUUCAAGAUGAAGAGAAUGGAAACACAGGACUCUUUACUCCACCACAUUCAACCUCUUAUCAUACCUCGCGCGCGAGACGUCGAUAUCAGCCUUAUUCUCUUUCCAAUAGGGUAGGCAUGGUAGAGCAGACCGUACAGAGGUUGAGCUGGAAGACUCUCGAAAGUACCGAUCGAUUAUCGCGGUUAGAAAGCAAGUAUCAGAAAUUGGUUAACAAACUCAACUCUCAGGAAACGGAGAGUUUAAAGGAAGAAAGACAGGAACGACGAGAGAGAGAUAGAGAUAACAAGGCUCGAGAAGAAAACGGUGUCAAGGCAUUGGUGGUUCUGGCUGCCUUUGGGUUUGGGGCCGGUAUUGCAACCAUGAACAUCGGACGAGCGCUGGCAACUGGAUUUAGUUGA